AUGGCAUCACCAAUUCUAUUUUCCACCCGAUCCGAACAUUUUUCGAUAUGGAUUGUGCUACGAAGUUUCCUUCUUACACUAGCUACAGCUUACUCCUCACUAUUCAAUAGAGAUUUCUAUACCUACAACAACAUUUACUUGUUUCUGAAAUAUUUGAAGAUUUCCAUUCUAUUGUUUGUCCUGUUGAAUGGGCCGAUUUUUUUAACCAAAUUGGUUAUUGCAUCACUCAAUUAUAUUGGACUUGUGCAUAUAAAUGGAGCUGAGCUUAUGGAUCAAUAUGAGUAUUUUUUCAAAUACUACCUCAAUCUUAGUUACUUCUUCCUAGCAUUGUAUUCAUUUUUCGAUAAAGAUGGUGAGCAAUUGUUUAUGUGCCAAUUGAGACAUCAGGAUGAACUAAAUGGUACUCAUUAUAGUGAACAUUACUCCAAGUUGCCGCUGCAUCGAGUUGAACAUGAACUGGAUUGGGUCUCAACUUAUAAAAGCUUGUACAAUUUUUCACGAGAGUUUCGAUUAUUCAUCAGAAGAUACACCAACGUGUAUUUAUUAAACAUGUCGAUGUUUAUUUCCAUUCAUUUCUUUCCGGAAAAGAUAUCAUCAACAGUGUUGGGUUUCAUUGCAUUUCAAACAUUCUUGGAUAAAUUGGGGACAGUUUUCUCAUGCUUAUUUGUCGCUGUGUUACAAAUGAUGGAUGUUCAUUACACGAUACGAGUCUUGACGACAUUUUAUGGAACUUGGAACUUGGCCGAAGAUUUGCUAAUUCCAUACUUUGAUCGUGUACAAUUUACCCCAUUGGAACGGAAACAAUGGCUCAAAACUCGUAUAGGGGUAGUUUUCGGUAUUGGAUUAUUUUACUACUUGGCCAUUCUAGAAAUUCCACUAAUAUCAGCCGUGUUGUACUCAAAUGCAAUCUUCAACAUGGGUUUCUUGAUCACUACUUUUACCACGGAGAUGCCCGACAACUUGAAAGAUAUGGCAACAUGGUCCAUCACCGAAAGUGUUUGGGAUGGACAUGCAAAAUUCUUGGAGUAA